AUGGCAGAAACCACAUCCAUACAACUCGUGUGCUACACUUUCCUCUUCGUCCUUUUAGUCACCGUACUCCGCCUGAAGCUCAAGCUCAGACGCGGCGCCGGCAACCUAAACCUGCCUCCCGGCCCAUGGGCGCUGCCGCUGAUCGGGCACAUGCACUUCCUUCUGGGUGCCCUGCCGCACCAGGCCAUGCACAGGCUCGCCCGGCGGUACGGCCCAGUGAUGCUAAUCCACCUUGGCCAUGUCCCCACGCUGGUGCUCUCUUCGCCGGAGGCGGCCAGGGAGGUGAUGAAGGUGCACGACGCCGUGUUCGCCGACCGGCCGGUGUACGCCACCGCGGACAUCUUCACCUACGGGGGCCAGAACAUCUCCUUCGCGCGCCACGACAGCCGGCACUGGAAGGCGGUGCGGAAGCUCUGCGCGGUGGAGCUGCUCAGCCCGGGGCGCGUCCGGUCGUUCCGUCCUGUCCGGGAGGAGGAGGCGGCGCUGCUCGUGCGGUCCAUCGCCUCCAGCAUGCCGGCUUUGGGGCCGGUGGUGGUCAACGUCAGUGAGCUGGUGAAGGUCAUGAUGAACGAUGUUAUCAUGAGAGUCUCCGUCGGGGACCGGUGCGAGCAGCGGGCGGUGUACCUCGAGGAGCUCGACAGGGGGCUCGCCAUCAUGUCCGGUUUCAACCUCUCCGACUUGUUCCCGGCGUCUCGCCUGGCUCGGGCACUCGGCGGCGGAACCCUGAGGGCGGCGUUGGAGGUGCGCGAGCGGAUCCAGUCCAUCGUGGACGCCAUGGUCCGUGAUCACAAGAGGGCGAUGGAGAGUAGUCUGGAAGCAGCCCAAGCCGACGUUGGUGGCCAUGAGAGGGAAGACAUCCUCACAACUCUGCUUCGCUUCCAGAGGGAUGGUGGGAUGGGCAUCACCCUCACCAACGAAAAUGUCAACGGUGUCUUGUUCGAUAUUUUCUCGGCGGGCUCUGAGACAACCGCAACGACAACAAUUUGGGCCAUGUCGGAGCUUAUGAAGAGCCAACGGAUCAUGGCCAUCGCACAGUCCGAAGUCCGACGAGUCCUGCACGGUAAGACAAAGGUGAUGGAAGCCGACAUCGAUGGCCGGCUCCAAUACCUCAAAAUGGUCAUCAAGGAGACCUUCAGGUUGCACCCUCCGGUGCCAUUGCUCCUCCCGAGGUUGUGCAAGGAACCGAGCAAGAUCAUGGGCUACGAUGUUCCUCGGGGUGCCACAGUAUUGGUGAACGUGUGGGCCAUUGGAAAGGGCGAGGAGAGCUGGGCCGACGCGAGUGAUUUCAAGCCCGAGAGGUUCGAGAGUGAUAUAGUGGACUACAGUGGUACGGACUUCAGGUUCCUCCCUGGUGGUGCCGGCCGGAGGAUGUGCCCUGGCAUGAUGUUUGGGGUGUCAAACAUAGAGAUGGCUUUGGCGAGCCUUCUCUACCACUUUGACUGGAAGCUUCCUAGCGGUGAAAACCCAGAUAAACUUGAUAUGGCCGAGGGCUAUGGUAUGACAACGCCUCGGAAGACCGAGCUCUUGUUGGAAGCUAUACCUUUCGUGACAUGA